AUCCCUAGCAUCUCAUAUGAUCCCCUGAGCCCUCCAGAAUCAGGAAUAAUAAUCUCUGAGCACCAUGGGGUGUGGCCCCCCCAAAAAUGGCGCCUACCCCCCCAACUGGGAAAUUCAAGCCAGAUGGGGCAGAGGUGGACUCACCCAGGACCCAGGCUCUGCCCCGGGGCCAGCUCCAAUCAGGUGCCAGCUGGCACGGAGGAGGGAAUCCUGGUGGGUGAAUGAGUUAGCAACCCUGAAACCGCCCUGAGCAAACGAGCCCCAGCUGCCGGGGCCCUUUAAAUGCCCAAGCCCCACCCCCUAGCCUGCCCUGCCUGCCGGGAAGUGAUCUUGACUGGGUGUGGGAGUGCCCGACCUGAGCAUAUAGCGGCGUACUUGCGUUCCUGGGGUCUGAGCAACCUGCGCGACCCUUGGCAGCUCACGUCUCCCUGAGAUUUCAGUGCCCCGGCCCUUGCUUCUGCCGGGACAGUCACCAUGGCAACGGCAGAUUCCAUCAUCCGCAUCCCCCCGUACCACUACAUCCAUGUGCUGGACCAGAACAGCAAUGUGUCCCAUGUGGAAAUUGGACCAAAGACUUAUAUCCGGCAGGACAAUGAGAGGGUCCUGUUUGCCCCCCGACGCAUGGUGACUGUUCCCCCUCGACAUUACUGUACCAUCGCCAACCCUGUGGCCCGGGAUGACCAUGGCACCCUGCUGCUGGAUGUCACAGGGCAACCACGGCUCCGCCAUGCUGACCUGGAGAUUCGGCUGGCCCAGGAUCCCUUCCCGCUGUACCCGGGGGAAGAGCUGGAGCAGGACAUCACCCCCCUGCAAGUGGUCCUGCCCAACACUGCUCUCCACCUUAAAGCCUUGCUGGAUUUUGUGAAUAAGAAUGGAGAGAAGGUGGUAGCAGGAGACGAGUGGCUGUUUGAAGGGCCUGGCACAUACAUCCCCCGGAAGGAAGUGGAGGUGUUGGAGAUCAUUCAGGCCACCAUCAUCAGGCAGAACCAAGCUCUGCGACUGCGGGCCCGCAAGGAGUGCCAGGACAGGGAUGGCAAGGAUAGGGUGACAGGAGAGGAAUGGCUGGUCCGAACUGUAGGCGCAUACCUGCCAGCAGUGUUUGAAGAGGUUCUGGAUUUGGUGGAUGCUGUUAUCCUCACAGAAAAGACUGCGCUGCACCUUCGGGCCCUGCAGAACUUCCGGGACCUGAGGGGCAUCACCCGGCGCACUGGGGAGGAGUGGCUGGUGACCGUGAAGGACACAGAGGCCCACGUGCCAGAUGUUUACGAGGAGGUGAUGGGGGUUGUUCCCAUCACCACCUUAGGCCCCCGAAACUACUGUGUGAUUCUUGACCCAAUCGGAGAAGAUGGCAAGAAUCAGCUGGGGCAGAAGCGUGUGGUAAAGGGAGAGAAGUCCUUCUUCCUGCAACCUGGAGAGCGGCUGGAGCGGGGCAUCCAGGACGUAUAUGUGCUGUCGGAGCAGCAAGGUCUGUUGCUGAGGGCCCUGCAGCCUCUGGAGGAGGGCGAGGACACCGAGAAGGUUUCGCACCAAGCUGGGGACCGCUGGCUCAUCCGUGGGCCCCUGGAAUAUGUGCCAUCGGCUAAGGUGGAGGUGGUGGAGGAACGCCAGGCUAUCCCUCUGGAUGAGAACGAGGGAAUCUAUGUGCAGGAUGUGAAGACAGGACGGGUGCGGGCAGUGAUUGGCACCACCUACAUGCUAAGCCAGGAUGAAGUUCUAUGGGAGAAGGAGUUGCCACCUGGGGUGGAGGAGCUGCUGAACAGGGGGCAGGACCCUCUGGCCGACAGGGGCCAGCUGGGCCAGCCCAGGACCUCGCAGCCCCCUGUGACCCGGAACAAGACUCGUGUGGUCAGCUACCGUGUGCCGCACAACGCUGCGGUGCAGGUGUACGACUACAGGGAGAAGAAAGCACGUGUGGUCUUUGGGCCUGAGCUAGUGUCCCUGGGUCCUGAGGAGCAAUUCACGGUGCUGUCCUUAUCAGCUGGGCGACCCAAGCAGCAGCAUGCUCGGCGGACCCUCUGCCUACUGCUGGGGCCGGACUUCUUCACUGAUGUCAUCACCAUCGAAACAGCAGACCAUGCCCGGCUUCAGCUGCAGCUCGCCUACAACUGGCACUUUGAGGUGAAUGAUCGGAAAGACCCUGAAGAGACAGCCAAGAUCUUCUCGGUGCCCGACUUUGUGGGGGAUGCCUGUAAGGCCAUCGCCUCCCGGGUACGGGGUGCCGUGGCCUCCGUCACCUUUGAUGACUUCCACAAGAACUCAGCCCGCAUCAUCCGCACUGCUGUCUUCGGCUUUGAGACCCUGGGAGCCAAGGGGCCUGACGGCAUGCCCCAGGCUCGGGAAAGAGCCGUCUUCCCCCAAAAUGGACUUGUGGUCAGCAGUGUGGACGUACAGUCAGUGGAACCUGUGGAUCAGAGGACACGAGAUGCCCUGCAGCGCAGUGUGCAGCUGGCCAUCGAGAUCACCACCAACUCCCAAGAGGCAGCAGCCAAACAUGAGGCUCAGAGGCUUGAACAAGAAGCCCGGGGUCGGCUGGAGCGGCAGAAGAUCCUGGACCAGUCAGAGGCUGAAAAGGCUCGCAGGGAACUCUUGGAGCUGGAGGCUCUGAGCACUGCUGUGGAGAGCACUGGGUCUGCCAAGGCCGAGGCCGAGUCCCGAGCAGAGGCAGCACGCAUUGAGGGAGAAGGCUCUGUACUGCAGGCCAAGCUGAAAGCAGAGGCUUUGGCCAUUGAGACGGAGGCUGAGCUCCAACGUGUAAAAAAAGUUCGAGAGCUGGAACUGGUCUAUGCCCGCUCUCAGCUGGAACUGGAGGUGAGCAAGGCCGAACAACUGGCUGAGGUGGAAGUGAAGAAGUUCAAGCAGAUGACUGAGGCCCUGGGCCCAAGCACCAUCCGGGAUAUCGCUGUGGCUGGACCAGAGAUGCAGGUAAAACUGCUCCAGAGUCUUGGCCUGAAGUCCACCCUCAUCACCGAUGGCUCCACCCCUAUCAAUCUCUUCAGCACAGCCUUUGGCCUGCUGGGGCAGGGACGUGAUGGCCAGCCCCCAGUCUCAAAGGCAGACAAGGAGAGCCAUUCCCAAGAAGGGUUCGUGCCCCAUGUGCUAUCUGCCCCUCAGCCUUUUGGAAUAUAGGAAAUGGUACCUCAUGAUAAAUUCUCUCUUGUGCACUGAUAAAUAAAAUUUACUUCUGGGCA